UACAGAGCAGCAGGUUUCGUCGCGAAAAAGAGAGCUCUAGUCGAAAAAAGUGAAAAUUGUCUCCAAAUAAUUGCAUUUAUUGCGAGUAUUUUUAUUCCUUUCGGACUUACAGUUGAAACAAUUGGUGCAGUUGCUGAUUUCGGGUAGUUCAGUUCUCCCACUGAACGAGGUUGAAUGCCUCGAAUGCGCUCUGCUGCCUUGAAACAUUGAGGCUCCCUUGUUCAAAGUAAAUCGACGUCGACGACGACGACAAAGUAGAAGAAACGGAGCCAUCAGUAGCAACACCGUCUGAAGCGGCCGUGAUGUUUAAUAAUUUCGGCAACGUAAUGAUGACUGAUCAGUUCCGGAAGGUAGAACAGUACUCACCCAAAUCGUCACCUCGGGCCGGCGGGGCUGGAGGACGGUCCCCGGUUGUGGCUAGGCAGGAUUCGUCGGGCACCCUCAAAACCACCAUUCAACUAGGGAAGAAUCCUUCGAUAGUACACAGUGGGCCGUUCUAUCUGAUGAAAGAACCACCAGGCGAAGGUGAACUGACAGGAGCAACGAACCUGAUGGCUCAUUAUGGCCUCGAGCAUUCAUAUAGUAAAUUUAGUGGUAAGAAGGUAAAGGAGCAGCUCUCAUCGUUCCUGCCGAAUUUGCCCGGUGUCAUUGAUGGUCCAGGACAUCUUGAUAACAGCUCGCUCAGAAGCGUUAUUGAGAAACCACCAAUCGUUGGCAAAGAAUUACUUCCCCUCACAAGCGUACAAUUGGCGGGAUUCCGUUUGCAUCCUGGACCGCUCCCGGAACAGUAUAAGCAUCUGAAAACAGCACCCACUAGAAAGCAUAAGAAUAAGCAUAAGAAACACAAAUACAAGGAAGGUAUCGCACCCCAAUCCGAUCAGUCGGCGCUUGAAGCGGCCGGCUUGGACACCCACGAAAAGAAGCACAAGAAACAGAAGCGUCACGAAGAUGAUAAGGAACGGAAAAAGCGGAAAAAAGAAAAGAAGCGUAAAAAACAGCGUCAUAGUCCGGAACAUCUGGGGAGUGGAACAAUCGCGAUGCCACCUCAAACGCAAGUCUUCUAAAUCAAAGAAAAUCGAAACAUUGGGGCACGUUUAUAUAUAUAUACACACAUAGCUGCAACACAAACAAGCAACACCGUUAGUUAUAGUGAUAAACGAAUUAUUUCAUUUCGAAUGAAAGCAUAUAUGCUUUUGGAAACGAAAUAAACCCAUUAAGCGAUCUUAAAUGAAGGAAAAAGUACAUAUAAUUGACAGUAUAAACAAUAAUGAAAAAAGUAUGUGAAGAAACAAGAAAGUGUAUUUUUUAAGGAUGCACCUCGUUUUCUCUGUUUUGUUGAUAUAUACAUAAUAACAUUUUUGAAUGCAAGAAGUGUUUCCUUACCACAACUAUGAAUAUAAACAAAGAAACCAAUUAUCAAUCGAAAGUCGAUUGAAAAAAUGCCAACCUUGAAAAGUAGGAGGAGUGUGUCAGAAAUGAUCAUUAGAAAUUACUAACAUGAUUUAUAAUACAAACAUUUGUUCCACAGUAGUGAUGCGAUAUUUUUGCAGAAAAUUCUUAGCCAUGGUAGCUAAGAGCGGAAUUUAUGUUAAGGCUUUGUAUUUCAGCAUUGUGCGUGGACCUGAAACGAUAAAUGAUGGUCUUUCCUUGUACAGAAAUGAGUUCUUUCUCUGAUUUGAUCCUGUCAUCAGAACUGGCUCGGAGCACGACCCGUGCAAUGAGCUUUUGCUGAACAGGGCAACGUGCAACAAGCAUGAUUUAUUUUUAGUAACGUGUAUUUAUAAUUAUUAAUUUGAGUUAUUUUAUUUAAUUUUAUUUUCUUCUAGAAAUAUAUUUGAUGCAAAGACAAAA